AUGAGCGACCACGAAGUCGAAACUUUUGAAUCUACCGAUGCCGGUGCCUCUAAAACGGUACCGAUGCAAGCCGGUUCCGUCCGUAAGGGUGGCUACAUCGUCAUCAAAGGCAAAGCGUGCAAGGUCAUCGACGUUUCCACGUCCAAAACCGGCAAGCACGGUCACGCCAAGUGCCACUUUGUCGCCGAAGACAUCUUCACCGGCAAAAGAUGCGACGAACUCGUCCCAGCUGGCCACAACUUGGAAGUUCCGGUCGUCUCCAAGGCGGAAUACACGUUGUUGGACAUCGACGACGACGACCACAUGUCUUUGAUGGAUGAAAAGGGAGACACGAGAGAAGAUUUGAAGUUACCGGAUGACAGAUCCGGGGACUCUGCGUUUGCUUUAGCGCAAGAAGUGCAAAAGAAGUUUGACGAAGGCGCGGAAGUUGUGGUGACGAUUAUGUCUGCGAUGGGCAUCGACCAACUCUCUGGAUGGAAGGAGGCUGCGAACUAA